AGGCUACGAGACACAUGGCAGUGCUUUGAGGAUCUCUUUUGAGUUUUUCCGUCCUCGUUGCUCUAGCAUGUAGGCGUGGUCGUGUGUGCUGAACACGCAUUGAUCUACGUUUAGGUCGUGGUCGUGGUGGUGGUGGAGCCUCUUUCGACACUUGUUGGUUAUGCCUUAGCCAAGCCGACCUGUGUGUGUGUAUAUAUAUAUACCUCGCUCCCAAUGACUCUGCUUUCCCGAAGAGACAAAUCCAUCUCUGCGCGUGGCUUUCUUCGUUUCGCACGUCGUCGAUGGGCUGCACGGCGCCGACGAUGGACGGUGUUUGUUCUCCUCCUCAUCCCGACGACUCUCCUUGUGGGGUACUCGGUGUUGCUCUCCUUUUAUGGGGACGCGUGGCUGCAGCCGGUGGCGGACGCACAGCUGGCACCGCCGAUGCCAGCCCGUGUCUCCCCCUUCCGUGAUCUGUGCGAUGCCGCUGCUGCGCUCUACGAAUCAGCCGACAACGCCACCACCGCACAUCGAGGGGCUCAGUCGCGCCGGUUGGCCCGUCUCAUGGAUCGCUUCCGCCACAUCCCAGCGGAUGGUGGACCAGCCGGUGUGCGGUGGAGCGCCGCGACCGGACUGCCGCUUUCCUCCGCUGCCACCCGUCGAGGCGGCGAAGGCAAAGAAGAAGACGGCAAGGUGGAAGUAAAGGCGCACUUCGUGACCAUUUCAACUCGCAUGGACGACUUUGCGCAGGCCACCACGACGGCGGCCACGAUGGCGGGCGUGCGACUCAAUGUAAUCGGGGUAGGAUGGAACUGGUUUGCCUUCACCCGUCGCAUGGAACUCCUACGCUCGUUCAUCGAUCAAGACAACGUGGACGAGGAUGACGUGCUGGUCAGUGUGGAUGCCGACGCCGUUUUCAGUGGCGAGGACCUGUACGACUCUCUCGCCGCCUUUGUCGCCUCCACCGCCGCCAACGCAACGGAGCACGAGACCUAUCGCGUGCGCGACAUUCGCCUUGGCCGUCGGCAGCCGCCGGUGCUUUUCAGCGCCGAAUACAACUGCAUGCACGCGCAGGCCUAUCCGUCGCGCCAUCUCUGCCCCACCGGCUACAACGUUAUCGAUCAAAUGAUGUCGACGUGGUCGCAGCAGGCGGGGGUGCCGUUGCCGUCUGCGCACCGCCGCGUCAACCCCUUUCCGUACCUCAAUGCGGGGGUGGUGGUGGCACGGGUGUGGGCGAUCCGCCGUGUGUGGGCAGCGUCGCAGGCCUUCAUGUCCUCUCACACGUUCUAUGAGGGAGACGAGUGGUGGUGCGAUCAGAGCGUGCUGGGCAGCCUCUACCUGCAGCUGCGGUGGUGGGAGAUAAAAAGUUUCGCUUUGGACGCGGCUCCAGCGCAGCUGCUGAGCACGGCGACGCAAGCAGAGUGUCUGUUCCCACCGCUGAUGCUGCCGGAACCCCACCGCGGACCGCAUGGACUGCCGGGUGGUCUUAUCGGCCUCGACGACGCUGGCCGCUUCAGUCUCGUCAUCAGCACGCAGAUGGAUCAAAAGGGCGUCUUUCAGGUCGGCGGCACGCCCAUCACGCAAUCCACACAGCCAGAGGACGCCCUCGCAACGUACUUGCGUUCCGGUGGACGGGUGGAAGACGGGCUCACCGGGGUACCGCGCUCGGGUCAUCGCGUGGAGUUGGUGCCUCGAGCUGGUUUUGACUGCGGUGGGGCAGCCGGGCACAACGCACAGGCAAUUCGUCCGCCGGAGUGCGCAUACCGCGCCGCGGUGCUCGGCGUACCCGGCUCUGCGGAGGCCGUGACACCCCUCAUUUGGCACUUUGCGGGGAAGUACAAGCGGCCUCUUCUCACGCGGUUCCGUGUGGUGUUCCCGUGGUACACGCCGAUGCUGUGGAAUGCCUCGGUGCGGCUCGCGGUGCUCGCGACGGUGACGGCAGCUCCGCCGACUCGGCUGUGGUACCUCAACGCAACGACAGACCUCCCAUUUGCCAACAUCGUACACGCCUUAUACUCGCACAGCAGUGAAGAUGACGCUUCCUUUGAACAGAUGUGCGAGCUGUCGCGCGUGCGUGCUGGGCGGACAUCGUUAAAAAACGGAUGA